AUCGUCAAGAUGUAGAAGGCAACACAGAAAAUAAAUAAAUAAAACCAACCUGGGCUUGCAAUAACCUGUGAAAAUGUUCAGCCGGCUAGUUUGUAUCAGCGAUUAUGAACAACAUGCUAAGUCAAUUCUUCAGAAGUCUAUAUACGACUAUUACAGGUCUGGAGCAAACGACCAGGAAACCCUGGCUGAUAAUAUGGAGGCAUUUUCCAGAUGGAAGCUGUAUCCACGGAUGCUCCGGAAUGUUGCUGAGAUAGACCUGUCGACUUCUGUUUUAGGACAACGGGUCAGCAUGCCAAUAUGCGUGGGGGCUACGGCCAUGCAGUGCAUGGCUCACGUGGAUGGGGAGCUUGCAACUGUGCGAGCUUGCAGGUCCCUGGGGACCGGCAUGAUGCUGAGUUCCUGGGCCACCUCCUCCAUUGAAGAGGUGGCAGAGGCCGGUGGCGAGGCGCUUCGCUGGCUGCAGCUGUACAUCUACAAGGACCGUGAAGUCACCAAGCAGCUCGUGCGGCGGGCCGAGCGGAUGGGCUACAAGGCCAUAUUUGUGACAGUGGACACCCCUUAUCUGGGCAACCGCUUUGACGACGUGCGAAACAGGUUCAAGCUGCCACCACAACUCAGGAUGAAAAAUUUUGAAAGCAAUGAUUUAGCAUUUUCUCCAAAGGAAAACUUUGGCGACAACAGUGGACUUGCUGCAUACGUGGCAAAAGCUAUAGACCCAUCCAUCAGCUGGGAGGACAUUAAAUGGCUGAGGGGGCUGACAUCGCUGCCAAUUGUUGCCAAAGGAAUUUUGAGAGGAGAUGAUGCCAGGGAGGCAGUUAAACAUGGUUUGGAUGGGAUCUUGGUGUCGAAUCAUGGAGCUCGACAACUUGAUGGGGUGCCAGCCACUAUUGAUGCUCUGCCCGAAAUCGUGGAGGCCGUUGAAGGGAAGGUGGAAGUCUUCCUGGACGGGGGUGUCCGGAAAGGCACUGAUGUUCUGAAAGCUCUGGCCCUGGGAGCCAAGGCUGUGUUUGUGGGGAGACCAAUCAUUUGGGGUUUGGCUUCCCAGGGGGAGAAAGGCGUUCAAGACGUCCUUGAGAUACUGAAGGAGGAAUUCCGGUUGGCCAUGGCUCUGAGCGGGUGCCAGAAUGUGAAAGCCAUCGACAAGACAUUGGUGAGGAAAAAUCCUUUGGCCCUUUCCAAGAUCUGACAGUGCACAAUAUUUUCCCAUCUGUAUUAUUUUUUUUCCAGCAUGUAUUACUUGACAAAGAGACACUGUGCAGAGGGUGACCACAGCCUGUAAUUCCCCACUUCGAUACAAAGGGUGUCGUUCUUCUCCAACAAAAUAGCAAUCCCUUUUAGUUCAUUGCUUUUGACUUUUCAAUGGGUGUCCUAGGAACCUUUUAGAAAGAAAUGGACCUGCAUCCUGGAAAUAUAUUAACUGUUAAAAAGAAAACAUUGAAAAUGUGUUUAGACACCGUCAUCCCUUGGCAUGCUAACGUGCUGAAAAACAAAAGAUAUCCUUUGGUAAACUUGAAGGUAGCUAAUGCGGAGGUGAAAAUUUUAAUGAUCACACUGUUUAUUAGCCUGCAUUGUGUUUAGAUACCCAUAAAACACUGUUCUUAAAUUAUAAGCUCAGGUUCCAAAGGCUCAACAUGCCUGGGAGACUUGGAUUCACAACACUGACGAGGUAGCACUUGAUAGAAUUGGGAUGAGUGGGUGGUAAUUUGUGAUUUUCUAGAUACUUUUUUAAUACCCUGAGCUGUGCUACUUCUUUGAAUGUAGAUUUUCAUUCCCAUCCUCAGUGUCUGAAUAUAUCUGAAUAUUUUGUGAUAUACAUUGCUUUCUAACCACAAAGAAAUAAAACAUUAUUUUGAAAAGAG